AUGCCCGCUUCCCGUGAAGACUCUGUCUAUCUCGCCAAAUUGGCUGAACAGGCCGAAAGAUAUGAAGAAAUGGUUGAGAACAUGAAGGCUGUUGCUUCGUCCGGCCAAGAAUUGUCUGUGGAAGAGCGCAACCUUUUAUCCGUUGCUUACAAGAACGUCAUUGGUGCUCGCCGUGCCUCGUGGAGAAUUGUUUCCUCUAUCGAGCAAAAGGAAGAGGCCAAGGGUAACGAAUCACAAGUUUCGUUGAUUCGUGAGUACCGUACCAAGAUUGAGGCUGAGUUGUCCAAGAUCUGUGAAGAUAUCCUUUCUGUGUUGACUGAUCAUUUGAUCUCUUCUGCUCAAACUGGAGAGUCCAAGGUGUUCUACUACAAGAUGAAGGGAGACUACCACCGUUACUUGGCUGAAUUUGCCAUUUCUGAGAAGCGUAAGGAAGCUGCUGAUUUGUCGUUGGAGGCUUACAAGGCUGCAUCCGAUGUGGCUGUUACCGAAUUACCUCCUACUCACCCCAUCAGAUUAGGAUUAGCAUUGAAUUUCUCUGUGUUCUACUAUGAGAUUUUGAAUUCUCCUGACAGAGCUUGCCAUUUGGCUAAGCAAGCUUUUGAUGACGCUGUGGCUGAUUUAGAAACUUUGUCAGAGGAUUCUUACAAGGAUUCUACUUUGAUUAUGCAAUUGUUGAGAGAUAACUUGACUUUGUGGACUGACUUAUCUGAGGCCCCAGCCCCAGCUGAAGAACAGCCGGCAGAGUCCAAGCCUGAGGAGGAGUAA